AUGAGACUGUUGCUCAAAGUCCCACAGCUGGUUUGGUCUCGACUUAAUUCCAGAGGUGUUGAUAGAAAAAUUGAUCAUGUUGAGUUCAGCCUCCACAUUCUCACUGUCUCAUCCCUUGGCUUCUUUGGCCUCUGUGAAGCACAGAGUUUCAGGGGCCAGAGUGGAUUUAAGUCUCUUGCUCUCCUUCACAGAUACUACGGUGGGACUGAGUUUAUCGAUGAGCUGGAGACACUGUGUCAAAAGCGAGCGCUGCAGGCCUAUAAUCUGGACCCCCAGUGCUGGGGAGUCAACGUCCAGCCCUACUCAGGCUCCCCUGCAAAUUUUGCAGUGUACACUGCCCUGGUGGAACCCCAUGGGCGCAUCAUGGGCCUGGACCUGCCUGAUGGGGGCCACCUGACCCAUGGGUUCAUGACAGACAAGAAGAAAAUCUCUGCCACAUCCAUCUUCUUUGAAUCUAUGCCCUAUAAGGUGAACCCAGACACUGGCUACAUCAACUAUGACCAGCUGGAGGAGAACGCCCGCCUCUUCCACCCAAAGCUGAUCAUCGCAGGAACCAGCUGCUACUCCCGAAACCUGGACUACGCACGUUUGCGGAAGAUUGCAGAUGAGAAUGGGGCGUAUCUCAUGGCGGACAUGGCACACAUCAGUGGGCUGGUGGCGGCUGGCGUGGUGCCCUCCCCUUUUGAACACUGCCACGUGGUGACCACCACAACCCACAAGACCUUGAGAGGCUGCCGAGCUGGCAUGAUCUACUACAGGAGAGGAGUGCACAGUGUGGAUCCCAAGACCGGCAAGGAGAUUCUAUACAACCUGGAGUCGCUCAUCAACUCUGCCGUGUUCCCAGGCCUGCAGGGAGGACCCCACAACCACGCCAUUGCUGGUGUUGCUGUGGCCUUGAAGCAAACCAUGACUCCGGAAUUCAAAGUUUAUCAGCACCAGGUGGUGGCCAAUUGCAGGGCUCUGUCUGAGGCCCUGAAGGAGCUGGGCUACAAAAUUGUCACAGGUGGUUCUGACAACCAUUUGAUCCUCGUGGAUCUCCGUUCCAAAGGUACAGAUGGCGGAAGGGCUGAGAAGGUGCUAGAAGCCUGUUCUAUUGCCUGCAACAAGAACACCUGCCCAGGUGACAGAAGCGCCCUGCGGCCCAGCGGACUGCGACUAGGGACCCCAGCACUGACAUCCCGAGGACUUACGGAAAAAGACUUUCAAAAAGUAGCCCGCUUUAUUCACAGAGGGAUAGAGCUGACUCUGCGUAUCCAGGACGACAUCGGUGCGAGGGCCAGCCUGAAGGAGUUUAAGGAGAAACUGGCAGGGGAUGAGUACCAGAGCGCCGUGCGGGCUCUCCGGGAGGAGGUCGAGAGCUUUGCUUCUGUCUUCCCUCUACCUGGCCUGCCCGACUUUUAACAGAGCCACCUGCCCCGCACCUGCCGGGCACUGUUGAGGAAGCCACCUGCGGGAGGACCCAGAUUCCCGAGAGUCAGAAGAGCUGCCCCAUAGGAACCUAUGUAGUUUCUUUGUGUGCCCUUUGAGGGAGUUUAUUUUGGACUUUUUUCAUGUUUCUUCACAAAUCAAAAUUUAAGUUCCGUUGUUAGUAAUUCUGGUAUAGGUUAUUAAAAAAUACAAAUUUGAGCCUCACUUUCUCACUGCUGUAUAUACUCAUUCUAGAAAAAUAAAAUACUGUGUAGCCAUUUAGCCUUAAUCAUUUAGACAGUGGUAUGGGGCAAAGCUAUUAGAAGGAUUUGGGAUUGUGCCUACCCUUCUCUCAGAGUUACUGGGCUCUCUGCUGCCUGCUGCAAUAGAGUACCAAGUUCACAGCCUGUGAACGCUGCCCAUUCUAGCUCACUACCCAGUGGAUGCCAAAGGAGAACUGAAUUAGAGCCAUUACAGUUGAAGAAGGAACAACUUCAGAAGCCACUGCUAUGUGCUGUAAGUCAGAACUGUAAGUUAGACAAGGCUUUUGCUCUCAGGAGCUCUAAGUACACUGUAGAAAUGAUCUCCAUCCACCAGGUGGGGGAAGUCCUGUGUCCCAUCUGGUGUGAAAAUCAACCAGGGGCUUUCCUGCUGCCUGAGAUAACCAACGCCCUGCUGCACUCAGGAAACCAAAUGUCACCUUCCCAAAGAAACUUUAUUUUUCACAUAGCUGAAGUGCAAAACAUAGGUGACCAUUUUUAAUAAGCACAAUUAAAUUUUUAACCACAGAAUGUCUACAAGAAUUAUAGCUUUAAAAAAUACAACCAAUUUUUAUAUUCCAAAAAUAUCUGAACUCAAAUAAAUUAAUGUCUUAAAAAGUA